AUUGAUUGGCUAAAACUAUACAUCCAUCGAAUGGGUGUAUAGUCGUAUAGUUGUCAUGAAUAUGGCACGUUCCGUCCGCCAUACGCGCAUUCCGGACGAAGUACAGGUAAGACCGAACAAGGUGGUGCGGCCCGAGUGGAGUGUCGUUUAAAAUUUGGGUAGCAGUUUCGUCAUACGCUUGGGUGCGGUAACAAAAGAAACUGCAAUAAUAGUCAGGAUUGAACUAGCGCGUUAACAUUUCUCACGCUUCUCGCAAACAGUUGGAUGUCAGCCGUCAUUCGGUGUGCCUGCUUCCACGAAAGAAAGUGGUAAUAACGUGGUAGAAGCUUAAAUGGACUUCAAGAAACUUGUUUGGGCCUUCGCCUGGUUGGCGACGUUCGUCAACUUGAGCAAAGCGCAGAGUCCAAACUGCCUCCGCAACUCAACGCUAGAGCCUCCCGCGUUAAACUUUGAUAGUUUUAUGGCAACACCAGCCGAGCCCUCUCAUCAUUGUUCAAGAGACUGCACUAGUUCUGCGCCGAUGAGCUGUGAGUACACAUUUGUUGUAGAGUGGUAUUACACCAUGGCUAAAGCCUGUUACGACUGUCCGUGCAACCUCAGUGAUUGCGAGAGGGUUCAUUGCGUACCGGCAGACGGGGUUCCUAGACAAAUCAUGGUCGCAAACAGGGCUCUACCGGGACCUGCCAUCGAGGUUUGCGAGGGCGACGAGGUCAUCGUCAACGCCGUCAACAUGAUGGAUAAUGGCGAGUCUAUCACUUUACAUUGGCAUGGAAUUUAUCAGACAUCUAACCAGUAUAUGGACGGUGUGUUUAUGGUCACUCAGUGUCCCAUAUUACCCAGAACCACAUUCAGGUAUAACUUCUCAGCCGACCACGCUGGCACGCACUUUUGGCACGCUCAUACAGGAAUGCAACGAGCCGAUGGGCUUUUUGGUGCAAUGAUCAUCAGGCAAUCUAAACAGGUCGAUGCUCAGGGUCUCCUGUAUGACUAUGACUUACCUGAACACAAGGUCGUUCUCAUUGACUGGACCCACCAAGGGCACGUCAGUAUCUAUCUUGACCAACAUUUCAGAGGCACCGAGGACGAUCCAAAGUCCAUACUCAUCAACGGCAAGGGAGCGUUCGCCGUAUAUGGCAAUGCAUCGACGUCGACGGUGACGCCAAGGGAGAUCUACAACGUCGCACAGGGCAAACGGUAUCGCUUCCGGGUCAUUAGUAGUGCCAUAGCCAACGUCCCCAUGAAGGUCUCUGUUGAUGGUCAUAACAUCACCCUCAUCUCUAGCGAUGGAGACGACUUUGAACCAUUAGAAGUCGACGCUUUCUUCCUCUAUGGAGGAGAGAGGUACGAUUUCAUCCUGAAUGCCUCUCAAGAAGUCGGCAACUACUGGCUAAAGGUCGAGGGUUCCAAGCAAGGUUCGGGUCUGGUUGGGCUAGCAGUGAUCAGGUACCAGGGUGCAGCUGAUGAAGUACCCCCAGCUGAUCCGUCGGUAGAUAGACAAGGGUUGGUCUACCAAGAUGUCGACCAAGAACCAAAUGUGUUCCCAAGUGUUAAUGAUUUGAGAUCCUUAGGAUCUAGACAAGCAACAAAUAAUACAUUUCGUAGGGUCUACUUGCCCAUUGACAUUCGUGAACUCAAUAACCCGACCUUCAACGAUGCUGACCUGUAUCCUCUGGGCCCCAGCGGACCUGGCUGGGGGGAACAAACGCUGCCUCAAAUAAACAAUCGGACAUUUCAUUUCCCCGGGUUCCCUCUCCUGUCCCAAUUCGAUGAUGAGCGAGCCGCAGAAGGAUAUUAUGACGACAUUUUAUGCGAAGUGGAACAAGAUGGUUUUGAAAAUUGUGACACCGAGUUCUGCGCCUGCACACAGUACAUAAAAGUUGACUUAGGACAGACAUUGGAGAUCGUUCUCAUCGAUGUGGGCGCUGGCCCGUUUCCAGUCAAUCAUCCUUUUCAUCUCCAUGGUCAUGCCUUCCGUAUCCUGGCCCAGGGUCGAUCAGAGACCGGCAGCACCAAAGAGGACAUCAUCAGGCUUGAUGAAAAUGGCGGGAUCGUGAGGAACUACGACAACCCACCGGAAAAGGACACGGUGAUGACUCCAAGUGGAGGAUACACCGUCGUGGAGUUCGUUGCCGCCAACCCGGGAUGGUGGAUGCUACACUGCCAUAUGGAGGACCAUUUGGAGGAUGGAAUGGGGAUGUUAGUCCGCGUUGGAAACCAGUCUGAUCUGCCUCCGGUUCCAGAGGGGUUUCCAAGAUGCGAAGACUACCCUGCAGUUGACCCUACUCCGCCCAUCACCACUAUCACACCCAUCCCCACUACCACACCCAUUACCUUAAUAAUCCUAAUUGUGGUAAUCGUUCUCCUUGUCAUCAUCAUCAUAGUACUCGUCGUCGUCGUCGUCAUCGUGUGUCGUAGACGAUCACCAGAUGACGGGAAAGGUACACAUCAACAAAUCCCGAUGAACGAACGAUGAUCAUAAUUAAUGAAUAUCCAGAUCCCAAAAGAAAAUCUAACCUUAAUAAUACUCCAAAUAGAAAGCUGAAAUAUAAGAGAGCAAUAAACGGCUGGUGAAAGUUUCAAUGAAAUCCGACAAAAAAUAAAAUGUUAAACAUUUGUUAAAGUUCUGUUGUAACUACUUUACGUACGGGCACUUCAAUCUGCAAUAUCAUUUGACGUAGUGCCGGACAACUUUCAAAUUUCUAUCAACACACAAAAUUAAUAAACUAUCAUCUUUACUCAAUCUAUGACUCAUGAGCUUCUGUCAUUUAUAUAGCUCAUAUGCUCUCCACAAUAUAUUUUGAGUUUUACCACAAGAGAGAAGGCACUUGGGAGAAAAACAUAAAUCAAUGAUGCUUUUUACAUGACAAAGCGGAGAGUUGUCCAUGACUGCGUCACAAUCAUUUAGACCAAAUUGUCCAUUUGAAAUUUGCAUAGAUUUAGUGAUCUCAUGUUUCAAACACUCAUAGCUGUUUUUGUUAUUAUGGGUCCGAUUUAUUUCAAGCUUUCACCAUUCUGUUUGUCUUAUUUUUCUCUUUUCAUACUAUUAUAAUGCUGAGUGGUUACAAAAUAGGACUGGGUUGUUAAAGGUUCUAAGGAAGUACAUGCAGGCCACUUUUUUAUAAAACGAAUCAUAAUAUCCUUGUCUAAAGAAAUCCUGUGCAAAAGUGCCUUGUAUUACUUGGCUUCAAAGUGUAUCAAUCACCCAAGAAUGUCUUGCUCUUGAUGUAAGGGGUUCAUGUCGCUAUUCUGUUUAGCAAAUUUAAAAAAAGCUUCAGAAAGAAGAAUAUUCAAAUAUAAGAGGGAUCACAGUUUGAAUAUAUAAUACGUGCACAUUAAAACGUCUUGUUCAGUAGACUAGUUAACGCACGAGUAGGCCGACGCACUCACCAUCGUCACUCGCAUAAAAUAGGGCGUGCGCGGAACCCUACACCAAUGUGGGUUCCGUGUGUGAGCCCUCUCACUGCACUGGGUUUCAUAUCCUUUAUUUUCAUCAUUCUCAUUUCAAGUUUAUCUUAAGUAAGUUUAUUUUAUUUCACUUUAUCAAAGAUAACAUAAUUGAACAUAAUGAACAAUGGUAAUUAUUAUAAUUAAACAUACAAUAUAGAAAACAUAAUGUACAUGAUAAUAGUUAUAACAGAGAAUAUAAUCAUAUAAAUCAAUCAAUAAAGUGGGGGAUCUACUAAAAAGCAAAGCUUGUAUUUUGUAGGUCCGGGUUCAUAGGUUUAUAUAUAAUUUAG